UGGCAAGAACCACAGAAGAAGAACUCCGCUGGACUGAUAGCAAGCUAGCUGCUAGAAGUUUCGCGUUGAGUUAGUGGUGGGCAUCAAAAUGCUUCUGCAAUCUGUCAGACCGUGGUUGCUUCGUUGCAGGAGUCUACCGUUGGUUUGCAGCAGAACGUACCACGCCGAUAAAGUAGCUCCAAUAGGCUCUCAGCCUGACAAACUGUCUUCUGAAUAUCAGGAGAAUUAUGACCGAAUGAAAGUGCUUGUUGAUGAACUGAGAAGCCGGGCAGAAAAGAUUAGUUUGGGUGGUGGAGAAAAAGCACGAAAACGUCAUACUUCUCGUGGGAAGCUCUUGCCUAGAGAGCGUAUAGACAAGCUGCUGGAUCCAUGGAGUCCUUUUCUGGAAUUUUCCCAAUUUGCAGCAUAUGAGUUAUAUGGCACAGAGGAAGUCCCAGCAGGCGGUAUAAUUACUGGGAUUGGCCGCGUUUCUGGAGUGGAGUGUGUUAUUGUUGCAAAUGAUGCUACUGUCAAAGGAGGAACAUACUACCCAAUUACAGUAAAGAAGCACCUUCGUGCACAAGAAAUAGCCCAGCAGAACCACUUACCGUGCAUUUACUUGGUGGAUUCUGGAGGAGCCAAUCUGCCCAGACAGGCCGACGUCUUUCCAGACAGAGAUCACUUUGGACGCAUUUUCUUCAACCAGGCCAGGCUGUCCUCAGAGGGAAUAUCACAGAUUGCUGUUGUGAUGGGCUCAUGCACUGCUGGAGGAGCGUAUGUACCAGCCAUGGCAGAUGAGAGUAUUAUUGUGCGGAAGCAAGGAACCAUUUUUCUUGGAGGACCUCCGCUGGUCAAAGCUGCCACUGGGGAAGAAGUUUCUGCAGAGGACCUUGGUGGUGCUGAUCUACACUGCAAAAAAUCUGGCGUGACAGACCACUACGCUUUGGACGAUGACCAUGCACUCCAUUUAGCAAGAAAGGCAGUACGAAACCUCAACCACAAGCCAAAGAUUGAGGUUAAUAUAGAACCUUCUGAAGAUCCUCUCUAUCCUGCCGAUGAACUCUAUGGCAUAGUUGGAGACAACUUGAAACGCAACUUUGAUGUCAGAGAGGUCAUUGCCAGAAUCGUAGAUGGCAGUAAAUUCGAUGAAUUCAAGGCAUUCUAUGGAGACACACUUGUCACGGGAUUUUCAAGAAUAUACGGCUACCCUGUUGGAAUCAUUGGCAACAACGGAGUAUUGUUUUCAGAGUCUGCAAAAAAGGGGACGCAUUUCAUCGAAUUAUGCUGCCAGCGAAACAUUCCGCUUAUUUUUCUCCAAAACAUAACAGGCUUCAUGGUGGGUAGAGAGUAUGAAGCAGGAGGAAUUGCCAAGGAUGGAGCCAAGAUGGUUACUGCAGUUGCCUGUGCCAAUGUACCCAAGAUUACAGUUAUCAUAGGCGGCUCCUACGGUGCAGGAAACUACGGCAUGUGUGGCCGAGCUUACAGCCCCCGGUUCCUGUACAUGUGGCCAAAUUCCCGAAUCUCUGUAAUGGGCGGCGAGCAGGCAGCUACUGUCCUGGCCACAAUCACGAAGGAUCAGAGGGCACGCGAGGGGAAGGAGUUCACAGCAGAGCAAGAGGCUGCCAUGAAGGAGCCGAUCGUGCGGCGGUUCGAGCAGGAAGGCAGUCCGUAUUACUCCAGUGCUAGAUUGUGGGAUGACGGGAUAAUCGAUCCUGCUGAUACUCGUAUGGUUUUGGGACUGAGCCUCGAUGCAGCGCUCAAUGCACCAUCGCAGAAGACACAUUUUGGAGUGUUCAGGAUGUAAUGCUGUUUAGCUUAUACAGGUAUAGACCUCGAGCUUAUAACAAAUGUGUGCUGUAGUUUUGCUAGUUUUUUUUGUAGUUUUGUGAUGUGUCACCAGAUUAAGGGUAUAAAACACACACACACACACAAAAAAAAGAAAGAAAUCACAGGAGUUGAUGUGAUUGGACGAUAAAGCGUGUUUGUGGGACAUUUCCACUGUCAAGCUGUGCCUUAACCGUUACUAUUCCAGUGUAAAUGAAACUGUACUUAUAAAAAUGUUUCAUUUGGUGGGUUUUCUUUUCUUUUUUUUAAAAGAAUUAAUACUGUAAAUGGAGAAUUAAAAAACAAUGUGAAAACUGAAA